CAGAAAUCCAGAAAGCGCGGACUCGUUUUAAAAGGAAUUGUAUUCUAUUUAAAAAGUUGAAGAUAAAAACAAGUGAAGCUGACUCGUCGUUAUGGGUGGACACCGUGCCCUAAGUUCCAAGCAACUGGCGGGACGUAUUCAUUCAGUUUACUGCAAAGAUUUCGUGUCCUACAGUGAGAUUACUUUUCAUCCGAAGCACUAUUUAAACGUCCUGACGGGUCCUAAUGGCAGUGGCAAGUCCACAAUUGUGUCUGCCAUUAUAUUGGGCUUGGGCGGGGAACCGAUUCUGUUGGAUAGAUCCGCUAGUGUUGCUGACUACAUACAGAGCAACAAAACCUCGGCCACGAUUAUUGUCCGGGUGUAUGGACGAACAGUAAACAGCACGGAGUCAUUCCGGCGCAUCAUUAACUCGAAUGGAUCUUCCACCUUCUCUGUAAACGGCCAGGACACCUCCAAGAAAAACUUUCUGGCUGCCGUAUCUUCCUACAACAUACAAGUCAGCAAUUUGUGCCAGUUCCUUCCGCAGGAUCGGGUUCAGGACUUUUCCAAGAUGAAUCCUCAAGAGCUUUUGCUGAACACAAUGUCUUCCGUAUGUGACGAUGAGCUGACCAGCAAUUUCAAUCUUUUAAAGCAGUUGCGCACACAACAGACCAAUGCCAAUACCAAUCGGGAAAAGGAGAAAAGUGAUCUGGUGAAAAAGAAAAAAAGAUUGGAACAGUUGCAAAUGACUGUUGCGCACUAUAAGGAACGCGAGGAAGUCAAACAAAAACUUCAAGUCUUUAGUGCGAAGAAAUUGUGGAUUGAGACCCAGAAUGGAGAAGCAAAGGCAGCUCAAUUGCAAACACAAGUUAACAAAGCCAAAACUCAAAGCGACAUAAUGAAGGAGCGACACAACCAACUUGUCAUGGCUCAAGAACAAAUUGAGAGAAGAAAAGUCUCACUGAGACAAGACUGCUUGGAAAAAACGCGUUCAUUAGAUAAGUCUGUAGCAGAACAAAAUGCUUUAGAAAGUCAGAUUGAUUCCCUAAGACAAGGAAUUCGGGGCAAAGAACUUGAAUUAGAGCAAAACAUCCAAAAAUCAAUUAGAAACGCCGCAGAAGCUGACAAAGUGAAACAAUUAGUGGACAAUAAAAACGAGGAGUUAGAAGACUUCAAUAAAAGCAGGCCUCAGAUCCUUUCGGAACUGGAAAGAGUUAAAACAGCAUGCGAUGCAGCACGUCGUAAAGCCAUGGAACAGUAUAAGCGAAGAAAACAACUUGAGCAACAACUAAAUGAUGAAAAGAUUCCAGAAAUCACAGCUUAUAAGCACAAAAUAGAUCGACUCAAAAACGUCAAGUUGCAGAAAAUUGAAGAAAUUAGAAUGCGUAAUCCAAAUUUAGUUAAAGCUAUGAAUUGGUUGUCACAAAAUAGACAGAGAUACAAAUUGAACGUAUACGAUCCAAUGGUACUUGAGCUUACCGUAGAAAAUCAAGAAGACGCCAAAUACCUGGAAAAUGUUGUAUCUCAGCGAGACUUAUUUGCAUUUGCAUGUGAGGACAAAGAGGACAUGUCGGACUUGAUAAACGAGUUGUGUGUGAAACAAAAAUUGGGAGUCAACAUUAUAUAUUGCGCACCAGCCGAUAGAGUAAUGUACAAUCCAAGUAUUUCAAGAAAUGAUUUGCGUCCCUUGGGUUUUCGUGCAUAUCUUGUGGAGCUCGUAAGCGGACCGAUACCAUUAAUAAACAAGCUUUGUGCUUCCUACUCGAUUCAUAAUAUUCCCAUUGGCACAGAAGCCGUUGGCAAUAAUACUUCAGCCAUUCCGAAAAAUAUUCGAGUUUAUUUUGGGGGAAAUAAGAAAUUUGUUGUGACGGCAUCUCGCUAUCGUUCCGAUACAAUUCUUACGGAAAGCACUAUCAGGGGAAAAAAUCAACUAAUUACAGUGGAUUCACAACAACUAGAGCAGGUCAAGAAACUGUGUUUCGAAGCCGUGAAAGAAAGUGACAAAAUUAGGAACGCCAUAAGCCAAACCGACAAUGAGUUUGAACGGCUGCAAGAUGUAACAAAGGAUGAACAAGAAAAGAAACGAAAACUUGACCAAAAAAUAACUCAUUUUAAUAACCUAAAAAGCGAAGUUGAAACUCUCAGGAGAAAGUUGGAAAUCCUUCAGAGUAAUGACGCACUGGACGCUCUUAAAGACAAUUUCCAUGAAAGCAUGAGGACAGACUUAAGAAAAAUUGUCAAUUUCGAGCGGCAAUUGGCAAACUGCUUGGAAAAAGUGAGUCGUCUUACGAUUGAAAAGGAAUUAGCCCAGACAAUGGCAUCUGUUUAUAUGGUGCAACAUGAGAGUCAAAGUGAAGCACUCAAGGAAAGCGAGCAACAGAGUUUAUCAGCAACCAGAGAUUUCCAACAAUUGAUAAAGAGCUUGGAAAAUCAGAUUAAUGAUAUAAACAAACGAAAGAGCGACAUUCAGCGUUUGUGUGACGGAGAAAUUCCAACCAGUUCGAAAUUUCCAUUUAAGAAGGAAUUCAAGGAUUUAGAAAACAUGGAUUUGGCCGGAAUACUUGAAGCUAUACAUGACUAUCAGGCUCGUUUGGAGUGCAUGAAAAGCGUUAACUCCGAGGCAAUCGACAGCUAUCAGCAAUUGCAAAACGAAGUCAAAACGCUGGAGGAGGGAAUUCAAAAAUCUGUUAGCCAAGCCAAAAACAUCGAAUCUGAAAUGUCAAAUUUAUACGACAAAUGGGUACUCAAACUAACCAGCUUAGUAGAAACAAUAAGUACAAAGUUCAGCGAGUUUAUGGAGUCAAUUGAAUACGUUGGGGAAGUAGUUUUAUCCAAAACUGAUAAGUUCGACUUCGAUUCGUACGGCAUUCAGAUAAUGGUCCAGUUUAGGAGAGGUGCCCAGCUGCAGCCAUUGGAUAAGUUCAUUCAAUCUGGAGGCGAACGGGCCGUAUCAAUUGCAAUUUACUCAUUAUCAUUGCAACAUGUUACUCAUGUGCCAUUCAGGUGCGUCGAUGAAAUAAAUCAGGGCAUGGACGCUAAAAAUGAGCGCCACAUAUUUGAUUUACUCCUUAAGGAGGCCACAAAGCACGGUUCUGCUCAGUAUUUAUUUGUAACACCUAAGUUGCUUCGAGAUCUGAACUUCAACGAACAUUUAUGCGUUUCGAUUGUACACAACUCAAAAACAGUUUGUAAUGGCAUGAAAUUCCCAAAUAUUUAAAGCGUUCCGGAUUUGGAAAAUAAAUCUUACAUAGAUAUGUUUUUACUUGAUAUUAAUAUUAACGUUAAUAUUAAUGUUUUUAUUUUUAUUUUUUUUAAAUCUGAGCAUUUAUACGUUUCCAUUGUACACAACUAGAAAACAGUUUCUGAUGGCAUGAAAUUUCCAAAAUAUUUUUAAAAUUCCGACUCUUGAAAAGUGUUACAUGAAUCUGUUGUCAUUACAUAUUAAUAUAUUAUAGGCGUUUACAAUAAAAAUAUUUCAUUUUAA